AUGGCGUCCUUGGGCCUUUCGCAGAAAAGAUCGCAGUCUACACUUGAAUCACCGGAUACAAAACGCCCAAAACAGCACUAUCACCAUCAUCAUCGGCUACACGAACCUCUCGCGAUUCCCGUCUCGUCCGAGCCGGCCCUGCAAAAUGACGCGAACGUUGAUGACUUAAUGGACCGCUCGAUCGGACGCAUCCUCAAAGACACAGGAUUUGAUCAUGCUGAUCCGGCCGCGCUGCAGAGUUUGCGCCUCGCCACAGAUACUUACCUUUCCAAAAUCUCAAAACACAUCUGCGAGUCUAUGCUUGCGUCCCGGCGCAUCCAGCCCAUCCCGCCCGAUUUCGAGCACGCCCUUACUCGUAUCCGUCUUUCUCUUAAUGACCUUCACCCUCUCGUCAAAACACCUCAGCCCGUCGCCAAGAUCUCAAUACUUCCACCUUCUCCGCCCCCCGAAGAUGAGCUAGCUCGCAAUCACGCAUUUCUCACUGCUCUCCGCGGCGAGGAGAGCGAAACCAAUCGCUCCUACGUUCCUAAAAACUUCCCCGACUUCCCCAGCAAACACACCUACUCCGCGACGCCUGUCUUCACGGAGCGGGAUAAUGACCCCCGUAAGAUCCGCGAACAAGCUGCGGACGAUGGGCGCCAUGGCGAGGAGGCCCUGCGCAGACUAGCCAGCGCCGCACAUCGUGACAACCCUACCAACACAAUUGGACGCGAUAAGAAACCUUGGGGCCGCAAAAUGGAGAGCAUGGAGUCCAUGUUCGAGAAAACGGUUAAAGGCCUUUCGAAGAGAAUCCAGAAAGAACAAAAGGACCCAGCUGCUCCACCGCUGGGGACUGCUAUGGACAUUGAUUUGAACCCGGAGGCAGAGGCUAAAGCUCGGACAAAAGGGUUGCUAUCGAUAGAAAUGGGACCUAUCGUCAAUUGCGAGCGACACCUCUGGCGUCGGCCCGCAAGUGGUCCAAAGGGGGAGGAGAAGAGUUUAAAGCCUGCUCCUCCUGCUACAGAGGUGGUGCUGGAAGAGACUACUGCAUAG